CAAAACGGACAGCUCCGUGGUGCUGAAAUUCGUACGAAUGUCAAGUAGCACAUUUUAGCUGUUAAAUGCAGCAAACGCUUUGGGGAUUUAAAUUGAACAGAUAUGUUUUGAAGGACACUUUCAAUGGAUUAUGCCAAUUAGUGGAAACACGCCUUACAUCGACUGAUGUACGUCAUACGGUGAAUAGUUUGAGAACAAAGGGUCCGUUUUGACAAUGCGGUCAUACAAAAGGUACGUGUUGAUGGUUAUUAUUUCGUCUACCAUUUGUUAUGUAUCAACAUCAGUAAAUCAUUACUCCAUUCCCGAGGAAAUGAAAGAAGGAUCCGUUGUCGCAAACCUUGCCACCGACCUGGGCCUGGAUGUUAAAACACUGAAUCAGCGAAAGAUGAGACUCGACAUCAUCGCGAGUAAAAAAUAUCUCGAUGCAAACAGAGAGACUGGUGAACUAUAUGUUGUUGAAAAGAUCGACAGAGAAUACAUAUGUCCAGCAAAGUCAUCUUGCUAUCUAAGACUGGAGGUAAUACUGGAAAACCCGGUGCGAAUCUUUAACAUAGAAGUCGAAAUUUUAGAUAUUAACGACAACGCCCCACAGUUCAGAAGAGACAUUAUCCACUUAGACAUAUCUGAAGCUACGCCAAAAGGAGAAAGAUUCUCUCUCAGUAAUGCAGUGGAUCCUGAUGUCGGAAGCAAUUCAGUAAAAACAUACCAUCUAAGUGAAAGUGAAUAUUUCAAUAUUGAAGUCCAGACGGGAAGAGAAGGAACAAAGUUUGCAGAUUUGAUAUUAAAAAAGGCCUUAGACAGAGAGAAACAGGCUGUUCAUAAUUUAAUCCUCACAGCUGUAGAUGGAGGAAUACCUCCUCGGUCUGGUACUGCAAGUGUUAUUAUUCGUGUUUUAGACACAAAUGACAACGCUCCAACGUUUGACAAAGUAAUUUAUAAUAUAAACAUUAUGGAAAAUUCUCCCAUUGGGAGCCUUGUUAUCCAUCUUAAUGCCACAGACUUAGAUGAGGGAUCAAAUUCUGAUGUAGCAUACUCAUACAGUUUAUAUACAUCAGAGAAAACACAAGAAACAUUUCAUCUGAAUCCUUCCACUGGUGAAAUUACUGUUAAAGGAAUGUUGAAUUAUGAAGACUUCAGGAUUUAUGAUAUGGAAGUUAUAGCAACAGACAAAGGAGCCAACAGUUUGUCAGGACAAUGUACCAUAAAGAUUCUGGUGGAAGACAUGAAUGACAACCACCCAGAAAUAUCUAUUAAGUCAUUUCAGAGUCCAGUCAAUGAAAACAUAGAAUUAGACACAGUCAUAGCUGUAGUUAGUGUCAGUGACAAAGACUCAGGUGACAAUGGGGUGGUUGAUCUUCACAUUCCUGAUAAUAUGCCUUUCAAACUGAGGGAGUCCUCUGAUAACUAUUAUGAAUUAGUGGUGUCAGAGCCGUUAGACCGUGAGAAGGUCCCAGAAUAUGACAUCACUUUCACUGUGACAGACAGAGGUUCUCCUCCUUUAUCUGACAAUGAAACUAUGACGUUAGAGCUGCUGGAUGUGAAUGACAAUGUACCUCAGUUCUCUCAGUCAUUUUACACGAUACGUGUGAUGGAGAAUAACGCACCUGGGGCCCUGCUCAGCUCCCUCACUGCCUUUGACCCUGACCUCCAUGAAAACCAGUAUCUAGUUUAUUUCAUCCUCGAGAAGGAGAUAGCCAACACCUCCAUGUCCAUGCUGUUCUCCAUCAACCCAGAGAACGGCAAUCUUUACGCACUGAAAACUUUUGACUAUGAGAUCGAGAAGGAUUUUCUUUUCCACAUCGAGGCCAGAGACUCUGGCUCUCCUCCACUCAGCAGUAACGUCACGGUCCACAUCAUCAUUGUGGACCAGAACGACAACGCUCCGGUCAUUGUGUCUCCGUGGCGAGCGCACGGCUCGGUGGUGGAGGAAAAGAUCCCCAGGUCCACCGAAAAAGGCUCUCUGGUUGCCAAGGUGAUAGCCUUAGACACAGACUCGGUGCACAACUCUCGGAUUACCUACCAGUUUCUACAGGUGACUGACGCCACCUUGUUCAGUCUGGACCAGUACAACGGAGAGAUCCGGACUAUGAGGAUGUUCAGCUACAGAGAUCCGCGCCACCAGAGACUGGUUGUUAUUGCUAAAGACAACGGGGAGCCCGCUCUGUCUGCUACAGUCACCAUCAAACUGUCCACAAUGGAGACUGCAGUUAAGGCCUUCUCUGACAUGACUGAAGUACCUCUGGAGUACGACAUCUUCUCAGACCUG